AUGUGGAAAUUUCCUGAAGAUCUGUAGAAGCUAACAAGCAACAUAAGGACAAUAGAAAACAACAAAAUAGAGUUCUUGCCACCACUCACUGGAAAGUCUUCCUUUUUGAAGAGCCUUGUUCUACACAAUAAACUGACUGCUUUACCUGAAAAACUAUGUGAAAUGAAAAAACUGGAAACACUAUACUUGAAUUCCAAUCACCUGAGGCAGCUACCAGCUGCAUUUGGACAACUUUCAGCUCUCAAAACCCUGAGCCUUUUGGGAAAUCAGCUUCAGACUGUGCCUACAAAACUCUAUGAAUUCUACGGUCUUCGUCACUUGGGUGGGAUAGAUGUUUCUAAAAACCAGACCCAAAACGUGCCUGACACUGUGGGAGAAUUGCAGGCUAUCGAAUUCCAUCUGAAUCAGAAUCAGAUUUCCCAGAUCCCAGUGCAGAUCUCUCUCUGUCCACACCUUAAAGUCUUGUGAUUAGAAGAAAGCUGUCUAGAACUCAUCAUGCUUCCUCAACGUAUCCUCAGUGUUUCCCAAAUCUCACUGCUUGCAGUAGAAGGCAACUUUUUUGAAAUCAAGAAACUCAGAGAAUUGGAAGCUUACAGCAAGGAUUCAGGAUCAUGGUUAUUUCAUCAGCAUCUUUUGAAGCGUAGCUAA